CCUCAAUGACUUCUGCUGUUACCACAAAGUUCCAGACUGCCUUGCCUUUCGCACUUCUUUCAGUGUCACCUGGUCUUUCUGCCCUUCAUGCUUCUCGGGCGCGCUCUCUCUACCCAGAAGAAUUCGAUCCUUCAUCCACGACGUAUUGUCUGCGGUGCGGUUCAUAUCUGUUGGCCGCCGAUGGCUCUCUAGAACUCCAUCGACCGAGAAAAAGAAGAAAGGUUACUUGCAAUAAAUCAAACGCCCUCAAGAUUACUUGCCAUCGUUGCGGCUUUGUUUCCUACACCUCGUUUGAUAGGAGAGAGACAUUCUCCAAGUUAGAGCCUACCACUGGAGCCAAACUAUCGCUACCAUCGCCGAUUCCUGCAGAGUCCGUCUCAUCUCGGUCAGAUCUCAAAUCGGAAGAGGAACGUACCCCGUCUUCAUCACGUUCUUCCGUGCCAGUUGAUCUAUCCACCGUGGCGCAUUCGACACGGGGAAGUACAUCAGUCCCCCACGCAAGGCCCAAAAAGAAGACAGUAUUACAGGAGAUGUUGGCUCGCAAUCGAGAGAAGGAGGCUGUAAGGACAAAAUCCCAGCAAAAACCACCACCAAGUGGCCUUGCAUCGUUUCUGAGUAUAUUACAAUGAUAAAAAAAGGUGCGCUGUCGAUCUUACACAUAACUGCACUAUGUUUUAAUCAUGUUUGAAAGACCUGACAUUCUUC